UAUAUAGCCAGAGACCAAUAGUGCAAAUCUACUCACAAACACAGCACAGUACCAAAACAACGCUGGACACCGGAGGUAGCUGCAACAUGGCUGCGGCAGUGCCGGUCUGGUUCAUCUCCCUGGCCGCUCUCGGCGCGCUUUAUUUAUCCGCCGCCUGCAUCCCCCUCCUCGCUCGCCUCGCCCUCUGCCUCCGCCGGCCCAUCGACCUCCGCCGCCGCUACGGCACAUGGGCGGUGAUCACCGGCCCAACCACGGGGCUCGGGAAAGCCACGGCCAUGGAGCUCGCCAGCCGGGGCAUCAGCCUCGUCCUCCUUGACCUCGACGCCGCCAACCUACAAUCCGUCUCCGACACCAUCGCCCGAACCCACCCCAGCAUCCAGACUAAGACCGUGGUGUUCGACCUCUCCCUCGUGGGCACGGCCGCCGGCGACCAGGCGAUGCGAGAGCUCAGGGAGUCCGUGGAGGGGCUGGACGUGGGCGUGCUGGUGAACAACGCCGCCGUGGCGAGGCCGGGGGCGCUGUACGUGCACGAGGCGGACGUGGAGCGGCUGGCGAGGAUGAUACGGGUGAACGUGAUGGGGCUCUCGGAGGUCACCGCUGCCGUGCUUCCGGGGAUGCUGCAGCGAGAGAGGGGCGCCAUCGUCAACGUCGGGUCCGGGUCUACCGUCGCCGUCCCGUCGUUCCCGCUCUACACCGUCUACAGCGCCACGAAACGGUACGUGGCUCACCUGUCCCGAUGCCUGGACGUGGAGUACAAGAGCAAAGGGAUCGACGUGCAGUGCCAGGUCCCGUUCUACGUGCACACCGGCAUGCUGUCGCCGGCGGUGAAGGCGACGCUGACCUUCCCGGCGUUCGUGGCAACAGCAGAGGCGUACGCCCGAGAUGCGGCCAGGUGGAUCGGCCAUGGCGGCGCGAUCUGCGUGCCCGACGCGUCGCAGCAGCUGCAGUGGUUCCUCGCCGGCCUGGUGCCAGACGCCGUACACGACUGGUACAGGCUCCGGCAGCAUCUCAAGCACAGGGCCAUCAUCCGGAAGCUCACGUGAGAGCUGACCGGCAUGCGUGCUUUGGAGGGUGGAUGGAGUGGCCUGGGGAUUGGUCGAAUCUGCAUAUAUCGAUAUGUAUAAGUGUGGCAUCGAGCAAUAAAGAUUGAAUUGUAGAUGCAUAAGCCAAUGGGAAGGAGAUCGCGCGCCAUGGGACGGCAUGGUUGUGUAA